AACUUCUCCAGACCUCCUCGGGCAACUCCACAGUCAUAGAAGAGCUUUAAUCAUGGCCGUAAACGUCCAAGAAAACAUAUAUGAACAAAUAGAAGAGACAAAAGAAAACAUAUAUGAAAAGCCAUAUAAUCCAGAGCCGAAAUAUGAGAAUCAAGGCGCGAGUCAGGAAAUUCUAGAGGAACCGCUGUACAGCACGGUCAAUCACCCGUCUCCAGACUACAUGAAUACGAGAAGAACAUCUCAAGAGGAACAACAAGAAGAAGAACAGCCUUCACCCACAAAUGAACCAGGAGAGCAGCUCGAAAGCGAGAUCAUGGUGGCCUCUCUGUCAAAUGGAGAUGUUUACGAAUCUUCAUCUUUAGAGGAAACUGGAGACCCGUGUGAUGACCAGCCCUCAUUGGUCCACGAAGACCUGUUCAUGGCGUACAGUCUCCCAGAAGACGGAUCUCCAGAACCUGAGGAGGUAGUUGACUACAGCCUGAAGGAGGUGGAGAACAACGUCGUGGAAGAGCCAGCCGCAGUUCCUGACCCGGAUCAACCUAAUAUUGCACUUUUUGUCAAGGCUGGUUGUGAUGGCGAGAGCAUCGGAAACUGUCCAUUCUCCCAACGCCUCUUCAUGAUCCUCUGGCUCAAAGGUGUGGUCUUCAACGUCACCACUGUUGACCUGAAGAGGAAACCAGCAGAUUUGCACAAUUUGGCUCCCGGCACUCACCCUCCUUUCUUGACCUUCAACGGUGAGGUGAAGACAGACAUUAACAAGAUUGAGGAGUUUCUGGAGGGGGUUUUGGCUCCACCAAAGUACCCCAAACUUGCAGCCAGUCACAGGGAGUCAAACACAGCUGGGAAUAACAUAUUUGCAAAGUUCUCAGCUUUCAUAAAAAACACUAAGCCAGAUGCGAAUGAAGCUCUGCAGAAGGGUUUGACAAAAGCACUUACGAAGCUGGACGAGUACCUGAACAAUCCUUUGCCUGAAGAGGUAGAUGCUGACAGCAUGGAGGAGGAGAAGGUCUCCAACCGCAAGUUCCUGGACGGGGAUGAUCUGACUCUGGCAGACUGCAAUCUGCUGCCAAAGCUCCACAUAGUGAAGGUUGUUGCCAAGAAAUAUCGGAAUUACGACAUUCCAAGUGAUUUGACGGGCGUGUGGCGUUACCUGAACAAUGCGUAUGAACAAGAAGAGUUCACCAACACCUGUGCUGCUGACAACGAGAUCGAAUUAGCAUAUAAGGAUGUGGCUAAAAGGCUAACUAAGUAAACAGAUGAACAAAUUUGACACAAAUAGACUUGGGGUAGCUCAUUUCUUGGGGAAGAGAUGAUGUUUUCCAUGUAAUUCAAAGCUGUUGAUCCCAAACUACAAGUUAGUAGUUUCAUUCAUCAAGUAUCCUAAAUAAUCAAUAAGGACUGGUACUCUGAUAUUACUAUUAUGAAAUAUGAAUAUAAAAUAUCAGCUCAUAUUCGCCAGCUCUCACUCAUCUCAUAUAAACAUUGUCCCAAGUGACUUUCUAUUGUAUCUCUAUUUAAAGAGACUUCACACUACUGUUUUCUGUUGUUCCUCCUGUUUUCAUAUCUCAAAUCAUAUCAUAUGCACUGAUUCUUUAGACAUUAGAAAUGGAUCAAAAUGUCACACACCUUUAAUUGCAUCAGCGUGAAUUGAAGAUUUGUGUCACUUGAAUUUUCACUAGAACACAUCAUCACCUUUGGUCAGCCCAAAAUGUAAUUCUAUUAAAACUUAAAUAAAUAUCCAAUUAAUAUUUUGAUGCAUACAUUACCAUUCAAAUUCUGAGGUUGGUAAAAUUUGCAAUGUCUCUUAUGCUCACCAAAGUGUUUAAUCAAAAAUAGAGUAAAAUCAGUAAUAUUGUGAAAAUAAUAUAUUUUAAAGUCUAAUUUCCAGCUUCAGUGUCACACGACCCUUCGUAAAUCUUAUAAUAUAAUGUCUAGUUCCUGUGGCUCAGUGGUAGAGCAUUGCAAUAGGUUGUGGGUUCAAUUCCCAGGGACCACACAUACUGAUAAAUAAAUAAUGUAUAGCCUGAAUGGGCUGUAAGUUGCUUUGGAUAAAAGCAUCUGAUAACUGUAAAUAAUAAGCCAAACAUUAAUUAUUAUCAUCAGUGUUAAAACAGUAUGCUGAUUAAUAUUAUUGUGGAAAUAAUUUAACAGCAUUGAUUUGAAAUAGAAACCUUUUGAAAGUCUUGACUGACACUUUUGAUAAGUAUAAUGUAUUCAUGCUGAAAAAAAUAAUAAUUUAAUAAUUUAAAAAUCAACAAACAACAACAACAACAACAACAAAAACAACAAAACUUCACCAACCUCAAACUUUUGAAUAGUAGUAUACAUUUUAACCUUUUUUGUUUAACCUAUUUCGUCCCAGUACCCAAUAAUUGGUGCAUUACAUAAACUCUUUUAUUGUUUUUAUGAUUCAUACAUGACAGCUGUUUAAGCAUUUCAAAUCUGUAAGAAAUGUUCACUUUCAUCUCCAACCGUUUUACGAUAUCGUUCAAUAUUGCUUCCUGAUAUGUUUUUAUUAUUAUUUGUGUAUAAUGGAUAAAAAGAUCUCAUGGGAGCAGCAGGACAAACAAAGUAAAAAAAGUUGGUUUGUCCUGGGCAGCUUUAUCUAAUCAUAUAUAAUUUCUGGAUUUGUACAUUUCAUGCAUUUUUUUUUUCUGAAAGAGCACUCGUUUAUAUAAUGAUUUAAUGAGGCACUAAUGCAAUGUGACAAAUACAGCAUAUUAUUGCAGUUAAUGACAAUUUCUACAUGAAUAUCCUGCUCUUUUAAAGCCACUAGCAGAGUUUACACAAAUGGUUUAUACAAAAUUCUCAAUUCUUCAUUGCCUCAUCAUGUCAUUUUCUUAUAAAGUUGUUCAGAUUUUCCUUUGUUAUUCCUUACAACUGAUAUCAUUUCAUCUUCUCAUUUAAUUUUGGCUUAUCUCAAAGCGUUUGACAUCAAUCGGCGCUGGAUAUAUCAUACUUAAAUAUUUAUUCACAACCCCAUUUAUGGGAAAUUAACGAGCUAAGAUGGAAAGGAGAGUCACAACACACGGCGGCCCACCGAAAUGGAGAAUAAGGAAAUCUGAUCGGGCAUUCAUCCAGGUCUCCUCCUCUCCACUUAGCACUGCUGGAAUAUCAUAGGGCCCAUGAUAGGUCCUUGUGGAGCUCCUGCUCUUGUGUGGUUUGGAAAAGCGUUUGAUAUGAAAUGAGAGUGUGGCGCCAGAGAGGCCUAUUCCGAGUGAAGCUCUAUGAAUAAAAUAAUAUUU